ACUUUUACUCACAAUAAGUCGUCUAAUAUAAUUCUAGCAAAACUAUGUGAAUGGUGGUAUAAGGAAAACUAUCUUAUAGACAAUACCGUAACCGACUAAAACAACAAAAAGCUCAAAAGAAAUUCUGUUGUUAAUAUUACUUAAUUUUACGUUGAUUUUAUUUUAUUGUUGUUUAAUGUAUUUAAAUUGUUGCUUUAUUAAAUGUAUAUUAGGAAAUACUAGACAUCACAAACUAUCCUUACAGACAUUUUAAAGUUUUAAACGUUAUAUUUUAACACGCUACAAUACACCUUUAUUUCAUUUAACCUUAGUUGCUAUAGUUACUAAAGAAGAGCAAAGCCUCAUGGGUUACGUAGUCUUAAAAAUUCUUUCUUGGCAACAAUAGACAAAGAUAAGCCAUUUAUGAACUAUAUUACCCAUAACCCCAUGCGACCCAAAGUAAACACUUGCAGCGGUUAUUCGUGCGGAUUCUGUGCUUUGAUGUGACUUAGGCGUGUGAAUGGGGCAUUUUAAAACAUGUUACUCUUCAGUUUCCGUAUGAAGUCUGUGAUGAGUAUCGUGGAUGCCAAAGGAAAGUUAUUUUAUAAUUUCGUUCAACAAACAGAAACAUGUAUUUUUGUAUUUUUUCUUCUUGUAUCUAUCUUGUAAUUUAAACGACACAAGGAAUAUAAGUACAAAAAAAGAAGCGCGAGGUCACAAUGCCACUGCAUUGAUGUUGACGGCAGCUUAACAAAAAACGGUAACUUGUAUUUUCGGAAUUUAAACUUUCGAUAAUAUAGUGUAGGUGACAGACAGGUUAGCCAGGCGAUGACGUCACCAAGUCGUAUUCCCCAUGUGUUUAAAUGGCGAAGUCUCAACAGGAACGGAGAAAAAGUCCAGACAGAGAUCAGUGAUAUUGAUCAAUGGAGAAAGCGAGUAGAGCAGGCUUCUGAAUUUGCCGUAUCUGAGGUUUUGUACCCAAAGAAACAUUAUUCAGGAAGCAGCGCUCGAAAUGUGCCUCUGCAACACAGCGAACAGUUACGAGAUCAUGAUGAAGCCUACAAGGAAGCCCAGGCUCUGGUUGGUGAUUGGCUGAGCAGUAACUUACAGAUGGAGGCUGAGAUGGAUGAGGUAGAUGACAUUAUGAGCUCUGUUCGGAGGAAAAGACCCGCACUGAAUUUCUCUCACCUCACUGCACCAAGCUAUGACAACUUUGAGGAUCUCUACAACUGCCUGGCUGAGGAGGACAUGCACAUCACUGUUAACAAUGUCCUACAAGACCUGAUGGAGCAAGAUCUGCUGGACACUGGGAUGAUGGAGGAACUGGCACUGGAUGUGGGAAAAACAAAGAAGAAAAUUAGAGACCCUCUAAUCACCAUGGAGGCAAGACACCAGCUGGUGCGAGAGAACAGGGCCCAGCGCGACACUGAGAGACAGAAGCAGCAGAGAGAGAGGGAGGCCCUGCGGGCUGCCAGAGAGGAGGUAAAGCGGAGGGAGCUAGAGGAGGAGAAGAGGAGGAAUCAGGACGCACACAGAGAGGAGGAGAUGGUACAGCAAGAGAUGGUGAGACUGCGGCGCCAGAUGGAGGAGCAGAAACGCUUGAAACAGCUGGUUAGACAGAGGGAAAGGCAGAGAACAGGACAGAGGUCAGAAGGUGACCUCCAGUCCACUCCAACACCCACACCCUCACCUCAGCAGCAGCAGGUCACAAAGCGACAGCACAGAAAACAGAAAAUUCAAAGCAUCGUUCAAAUGAACAACCUUAAGUGUUUACACAGGCAUUUCUCUGGAUGGUAUUCAGUAGUGUUGGACCAAAGGCUUCGUAUGGGAAAGGCCACGGCCCUCUCUAACUGGAAGAGGCAGCUGAGAGCAUGGCGAGUGUGGCGAUUACAUGUGUGGGCAGAACAAAAACACAAAGAAGUGCUGAGAAUAAAGGAGGAGCUUCAAACUGAGUGCAGACAAAGCCAGCUGGCGGUGGACAGCAACCGCAGACGUCUGCUGCGACUGUGUUUCAAUGAGUGGCACAGAUGCUGUUGGACAGAGAAGAGACGACGAGAGCUUUUUUCCAAGCAGCAGGAAAUCCGUCGUAAGAUGGCUGCUUUAAUUCUCGCCGUAUCAACAGGCAAACUGAAGGCCACGGAAGACCAGGCUUAUCAGCCAACGAUGUCUUCCUCACCCCAAACAUCAGAUGAACCAGAGACCACUGAGGAGGACAGUAACAAAAGGUCAGGAUCUUUGACUCCUGACGCCUCCGCAGUGCAUCUGGAUCAGACCCCUGCAGACGCUGUGGACCCACAGCCCACAGAGCCGUGGCAGGUGACCCGGAAGCAGGCAGCACCGACUCCUGCUGAGCUGAAUGAUGUGAGGCAGAAAUUCAAGGGCAACUGUUCCAAAACUGCUGCUUCAAAGGGUAGCAGGUUUGAGAACAGACACGCUGCCCAGCAGCAGAUCAUCUCGCAGCAGAAGAAGCUGCUGAAGGAGCAGCAGGAGGAGAUCAUUCGGCUGAAGGAGGAGCAGAGCGUGAUGAAAAAUGUGCAAGUCCUGCAACAAGGAGGCUUAAAAGCAAGGAGCCACAACCCUGAUAGCAAAGGGCAGAGGACGCUGAAAGAUUCUGAAAAGCCUGAUAUUCCAUGGUCACAAGAGAGAAAAUGUGUCAGACCCCAGGGCAGCCCUCAUCCCAUCAUUUCAGCCAUGGAGGCCCGUGCACAUCAACGCUCCAAUCGAAAAAAAGAGAUUGAAGAACUUAAGAGGAAGAAGGAACAGGAGAAGUUGGCUGAGAUGAAAGCUGCAGAGGACCAGAGAGUGAGAGAGGAGUUGGAGGAGAAACGCAAAAUGGCGGAAAAGAGGAAAGAGGAGAAAAGGCUGCAACGAGAGAGGGAAGAGGAAAAGCAGAGGGAGCUGAAAAGGCUGCAGGAGUGCCUGAAGCUCGCCUGCAAUCACUACAACAGAACCUUGCUGCUCCGUCGAGGCCUGGCCCCAUGGAAACGUCUCAUUCAGCUCAGAGAAGCCAACACUGAGCUGGCCGAGAGUCAUUAUAAUCGCUUCCUCCUGAAGCAGUGUGCGCUACGCUGGCAGCAAUCAGCGAGAGAGUCGCUGUCAGAGAAAGAGGCUGCUGCUGACCAACUGCACCGGCGCUUUGUACUGUGGAGCAGCUUCAGCAGCUGGAAGAGACUGGUAGAUUUAAGGACAACACAGGAGGAACAGGCCGAGCAUUUCUACCGCACACACACUCUGCGGAGGUUUCUGCUGGCACUGCUGGACCAUGUGACCCAGGAGCGGCUGGUGCAAUGGGACCGCCAGGAGCUGGCUCAUGAACACAAUAACAGACGGGUGUUGCAGCGUUGUCUCCUGGCCUGGAAGCAGCUUCCACGUGUGCUGCGAAAGGAAAAGGAGAAGGAGGAGCGACGCAAGAAGCUGGGGCGAACAGUGUUAAAGGUCCUGCCCGAUUUCAGCCUGAAUCCACCCUAACACCUGCAGGAGGAAACGUCACUGCUGCUGCAGGUGAACUACACCGUAAUGCAGAGGACACAGAGAAGUCUUUUGAACGCAAAACACAAACAAAAAGCCAAACUAAACUUGGAGUUUGAUUGAGGGAGAUAAGGAGUUUUAUGCAUACAAAGAAUAAGAAGAA